UUGGUCAAGGGUGUGGAAAUUACAAGGCCUUUUGAAAAAGAUGAUGUUUGGGUGGCUUAUAUUAGGCAUCAUCAGCAGCAGCAGCAACUGCAGCAACAAAGGUUGCUGAAACCUCUGGUGGUCAUGGUCCAUAUCAGGGAAGGAGAGCUCUUCAAUCAAGCUCCAGUGAUUCACCUUUUGAUCAAACCAGGAAUUGCAAAUUGAAGAAGAAACAAGAAGCCUGGGUUUCUUCGGUUUCUUUUUCAACGUGGGUAGGUUCUGAAGGCAAGAUUCAGUUCAACUCAUGGGGAAUUGUUGGGGUUCUUCUGCUGCAAAUCCAAGCUCAAGUGCUGACACCCAUCUCGGUGCCACAGUGUAAAUCGUUGCAGGGACAUCAUCACAGUCAACAAGCACUAUGACAAUCACGACAACUUCGGCCGGCAGCAGCAUAUCCCCGAUCAGCCACUUCUCUGCUUCGAGCGGGGAUGAGGCUUCCCCUCAUGGCCAGAUCUUGCCGCAUCCGAAUUUAAGGAUCUUCUCGUUCGCGGAGCUGAGGGCCGCGACUAAAAACUUUAAGUCCGACACACUUCUUGGAGAGGGUGGCUUUGGAAAAGUUUACAAGGGUUGGCUUGAUGAAAAACCUUCAUCGAAGAAUGGCAACGGGUCGGUAAUCGCUGUCAAGAAACUGAAAUCUGAGAGUGUGCAGGGUUUCCGGGAGUGGCAGGCUGAGAUAGAUUUCCUAGGACGGCUUUCUCAUCCAAACCUCGUGAAGCUUAUUGGGUAUUGCCUGGAGGAGACGGAACUUCUCCUGGUCUAUGAGUUCAUGCAGAAGGGCAGCUUUGAAAACCAUUUAUUCGGAAGGGGUGCGGUGGUUCAGCCGCUUCCGUGGGGCUUGAGGCUUAAAAUAGCAGUAGGAGCGGCCCGUGGCCUGGGGUUCCUGCACACUUCCGAAAAGCAAGUCAUUUAUCGAGACUUCAAGGCCUCGAACAUACUGCUCGACGGAUUCUACAAUGCCAAGAUCUCGGACUUUGGCCUGGCCAAGAUGGGUCCUUCAGAGAGCCAGUCUCAUGUCUCAACCCGGAUCAUGGGAACACAAGGUUAUGCAGCUCCGGAGUACAUCGCGACCGGACAUCUUUAUGUCAAGAGCGACGUGUUCGGGUUCGGUGUAGUCCUAGUCGAGAUGUUGACAGGCCUCCGGGCGGUCGACUCUUCCCGUCCUAGCGGACAGGAGAAUCUGGUCGAGUGGGUGAAACCAUACUUGUCCGACAGGCGGAAGCUGAAGACUAUCAUGGACUCCAUGCUUCAGGGGAAGUACCCCUCGAAAACCGUGUACGAGAUCGCUCAGCUCGCGCUGAACUGCCUAGCGCCGGAGCCGAAGUCUCGGCCAUCGAUGGAGGAGGUCGUGAGGACUCUGGAGAAGCUCGAGGCGGCCACCGAGAGAGCAGCCGAUUCGAGGAAUCGCUCCGGCUCGCGUCCCGCCGCUCACAGGCAAGUCCAGCACCAGCUGCCGCUGCCGCCGCCGCCGCCUAUGCAACCCCGGUCUCCGCUUCAGUCGAGGCAUAACGGGAUCUCAGCUUACCAACACUCACCUCAACUUAGGUAGUAGGAAUCGAGGGGUGAUGUUCAGCAAUGAAGGUGUGGUUCAUUGGAUUAUAGGAUUAGUUUUUUUUGCCGUUGUUUGCGUUUGGAAAGGGGUCUGAGCCUGAGCAUGUCGGUUUUGUCAAAUGGAGACCAUGGCGCGUCCUAUUGCUACUUGUUCUGUACACUAGUAAACGAAUUGCAAGCAGAGAUUUUUCUUUUUUCUUUUUUUUUUUCUAGUAAAUUUUGAUCGUGUAUAUUACUUACCAAGACUGCGAUAUUUUAUUUGUGCGACCUAUUUU